AGGAAGGGAGGAAGGAAGGAAGGAGGUAACGGACACUACAGAUUUAUACCCUCCCUUCAGCAAGACCCGGGAAUCGCUUCACUUUUGCACUUCGAUUUUGUAAAACCGACUGUGUGUGUUGUUUAGGAGGAGUCGCAUUUCGCUCGAGCGGUAAAACACCAGCGGCCCCGGCGGACGCGCGCGCACACACACACACACACACACACACACAGAAAGAAAGAGAGAGACUUCAACCGAGGACGCGUCUUCCUCUUGUUCCUUUCUGACUGUCCGGUUUGGGUACAGGAUUUUUCAAGUGCCCCCGUUUCCUCUUCUGUUCUGGAUAAACUGAGAGAAGCGACAGCGUAGUGGAAGGGUGUGUGUGUGUGUGUGUGCGUGUGUGUGCCGCGCGCUCUAAACAUGCCAAGGUCUUUCCUGGUAAAGAAGGUGAAGCUUGAUGAUUUCUCAUGCGCAGAGCUGGAGAGUGCCUAUGGCAGGUCAAGAUCUGACCUGAACCUGCGGAUCCACGACAAAGGUUACAUUAGGGACUACAUUACCCCAGCGGUGUAUGAUGCAGAGACUGAUGGCGCCGUUAAGGUUCCCUCUCCGGAACCCCUGUAUGAUGGCGCUCACAGUGAUUACCAGGCGGACAGUCCGCGCUCGGACACCACGGGCGGCUCGAUCAACGGCGACGCAGCAGUGAGUGGCGGCUACACGGCGCACGCCUUCUUCAUUACAGACGGCCGCUCACGGCGCAGAGCGUCCGGAGGAGCGCGCAGUCCGCCUCGCCACACGUGCACCGAGUGCGGCAAGUCGUACGCCACGUCGUCGAACCUGAGCCGCCACAAGCAGACGCACCGCAGCCUAGACAGCAAGAUGGCAAAGAAGUGCCCGACCUGCGGCAAGGUGUACGUGUCCAUGCCGGCCAUGGCCAUGCACGUCCUCACGCACGACCUACGGCACAAGUGCGAUGUUUGCGGCAAAGCGUUCAGCCGUCCCUGGCUGCUGCAGGGCCACAUGCGCUCUCACACGGGGGAGAAGCCUUUCGGCUGCGCGCACUGCGGGAAGGCGUUCGCCGAUCGCUCCAACCUGCGCGCGCACAUGCAGACGCACUCGGCCUUCAAACACUUCAAGUGCGCGCGCUGCAGCAAGACGUUCGCGCUCAAGUCGUACCUGAACAAACACUACGAGUCGGCGUGCUUCAAGGGCGCACUUUCGCCGCUCCAGGCGUGACUUCGGCGGAGCAAAGCCUUGGCUCUUCUAGACGCUUUUGACCCUAAGGGAAUACUGAGGCUUGGUGUGCUGUUCAGAGUACAGUGCUGAGAGAGAGAGAGAGAGAGAGAGCAGCGAGGAAGAGUUACUGCACACUGAAGGUUUGAGUGACAAAAUGCUGUUCAAUAACUUUUUUUCACAUCACUUGAUAUUAUUAUACUGCUGCAAGUGACCCCGCGAUGGAUGGAUUUAAUUUUUAUUUAUUUAUUUAUUUAUUUAUUUAUUUAUCUAUCUAUUUAUUUAUUUAUUUACUUAUUUGUAUAUUAUUCUUAGACUCGAUUCUUCUUUUCUUCCGAUGAAGGGCAAAGUGUUUACUUCUCAUCAUGUUUUGCACUUUCAUUUACUUAUUUGCCAGUUUUAUUAACAUGCCAAAGCAUUCAAAUUCAGUCACAAUUUGAUUUUUAGAAAAUUCUAAUUCUUUGAUUUCAUAUGCCUAUGUAAUGCAUGCAAAAAGAAAAAGAAUCUAUGCCAAUGUCAUAACACUUAGGCUUAUCAUUUUGCCAAAACCUAGGUAGUAUCAAUGGGCAAUAUUUUGGGGAUUCUCAUAAGGAUAUAUACAGCAAUAAUCAUGUAAUGCAUGGUAUUUUUGAACUGUUGCCUAUAGCAGCUUUUCUAAAAAAAAAAAAAUGAAAAAAAUCAGGUAUGUUUUGAUCUCCUAAUAAACAGAAAAAAAUACAACAUCAGGGAAAAUGCCAGUGUAGUGUUAGAGAGUCGUCAAGACUUAAAAACAAAAGUAUAAAUUUCCUUUGCUCUGCUGUUAUGCACUGCCUGCCUCUAAUUUAAACGUAGUUUUAGGAUGUAGGCUUGAAGUGCUGUAACUCUGCUCUAAGCAGUUCAGUAUCAUUCUUCAAAUCUCUGGAACACCUAGUUUGGGGGUGGCGUAGGGGAGGGACAGAAUGGAGCUUCCACAGUUAGCUCAAAAGAAUGAAGAAGAUUGCCAGGAGCAGGGAAGAUGAACCUUUUGCACAGCUGGUCUGUAAUCCACUUCUACUGCAGUUCAGACUUUAAUUGCUUUAAGAUUCCUGCAUUUCUCCAGUCUAGGUGUCCCUCAGAUUUCUGCUAAAAGCACUUCCUAUUCUUAAAAGUAGCACAAAACCCUAGAUUCAGGUAGAAAUUACUAUACUAGUUUGACCUUCGUUUUUGUAUCAUAAAUGAAGAAUAUCUGAGAUGCUCAGUUUAAGAGGUGAUGUAGCCUAUGUGUAAAAACUUAUUUGAAGAAAAAAAAAAAAACUUUUUACAACUGAUUAAUCUGAUGACUCCUGAUCAGGGGAACUCUGAAUGAAAUAGAUCUAACAUGUACUGCGAUUUUGGAGCCAGUCUUCAACUGAUGUAAAAGCACAAGGCACCAGGAAUU